AUGUAUGCACUGCACCCCCACCGGUACUCCGCCUACCAUGCGUCCACUCUGGAGGCGGAUCACCGGCACCGCCUGCAUGUGGAACCGGAUUUAGGGAUUCCACUUGACCUGCUCGACCUAUCCGCCUAUCGGAGAGUGAUAUUUAGAUGCAGCAGCAUGUAUGCACUGCACCCCCACCGGUACUCCGCCUACCAUGCGUCCACUCUGGAGGCGGAUCACCGGCACCGCCUGCAUGUGGAACCGGAUCUGGGGAUCCCUCUUGACCUGUUGGACUUGUCCGCCUAUUGCGCCCCGCCCGCUUCUCAGCGCCCACCACUCCACCCAGCAGACGCGGAACUGCUGAGGGACGACGAUGCGAGUGUCAAGCACAGGGAGGGCGCGGGGGCAGCAGCAGGAGGAGCGGGUGCGUUGCGAGUGAAGGAGAGGCCUACAGACGCGGGGUUGAGCUGGCUGGUGCACACUCAGUACAUCUCUGCCGCUGGCUCUGGCAGUGCGCCCAAGAAGAGGGUGCUUAAUGAGAAGGAGGCGAAGCUGCUGGCACUGCAGCUUGAGCUGGCAGACGAACAGAUGUAUAGUACUAGGGAAGGGCAGAUCCGGUACAUCGAGGAAUCUUUUCAGGCUGCCCGGAAGCCGCCCGUGCACCCGUCGAACCCGAGUCUGCAGGCAGUGGAGGUGUUGCCGGUGCUGCCACUCUUUUCUCUCGCAGGCCGCCAGUUUGUGCACCUCGUGUUUGACGACACGCCUCUGGCUGAUUCGCCCGCACAUAUGCACUUGAAAGAAGAACAGAAGAAGGAGAUGGAGGCGCGGGCGAUAAUGAAGAAUUUCAAGGUGGCCGCACCAGGAGGAGGGGAGCCGCAGUCAUUUGUGGCCUACAUGGUUCCCAACAAACGCGAGUUGGGGAGGAAGCUGAGGGAGGGGGAGAGUGCGCGGUAUGACUGGGUGCGGGAAUACCACUGGAAGGUGGCCAAGGAAGAACAAGGGCGAGGAACCUUUCUGUUCUGUUUCAACAAGGACAGUGUGAAUUACCUUCCAAUCAACACAAAGCUGACAGUGGCUAAGAGGAAGGCCAAGGAGGGAGGCAAGGCGAAGGGUGAGGAGGGAGAGAGAGUCGAGCUUCCAGUUCCCUCCAAGGUAUUGUGUUAUGUUUGCCGCCCAGAUUUUGUGUCUGCUGCCCAGAUUUUGUGUCUGCCGUCCAGAUUGCAGAGUGUUUUUGUGACCCAUCGAGAGGAUAUUCGUGCAGUGGAAGCGAAUGUGAAGUAG